AUGUUAGCUCAAGGAAGAAAACGAAAAAUCGACUCUGAGUGUAGAGUUUUUAAGGAACAAUGGAACAUAGACUAUUUUGUCAUAGAGUCAAACAACAAGGCACUAUGCGUUAUAUGCACCGACACAAUUGCAGUACUUAAAGAGUACAACAUUCGGAGACAUUAUGAAAAAAAGCAUUCAUCACAGUACUACCAAUUCAUUGGACAGCUACGUAAAGAGAAAUUUGACAAAUUAAAGAAGAAUUUAUCAUCAAUGCAGUUUGUUUUCAAGAAGAGGGCUGUAGAAAAAGAGAGAGCAACAAGAGCAAGCUUCCAUGUUGCUAACCUUUUGGCGAAGAAAGGUAAGCCAUUUACAGAUGGUGAACUUAUUUAA